GUGACAGCCAGCGCCGGCUCUAGAUCUCCAUAUAAACUCACGUUUCCUAUCCCCCUCUCUUUCCCCAUCCCAGCAUGAAGUUUGGAAGACGCAUAAAGGACACCCUCUACUCGGAAUGGGCAGACCAGUACAUCGACUAUGGCGGCCUCAAAAAGCAGAUCAAGGCCAACCUGCCUUGGAACGAUACCGCCGAAGCAGACUUUGUCCAAGCCUUGCAAAACCAGCUCACGAAAUGCGAGACGUUUCAGCGCAACAAGUCGGAUGAGCUCAUGAACCACAUCCAACAGCUCGAGGAGGAAGUCAAGGGGCUCGUCGAAAAGGCUGGGUACAGCGACGGAGGUACUUCCGAUGAAGAUGAUAGAGCCGAGAACGAGGCGACAACACCCGGCGAUGUAGAGAGGAAUGUCAGAGACCGCCGGGAUGAUGAUGCGGGCAGUGACGACGACGAUGACGAUGAUGAAGACGUCUCCAGCGACAUGUUAAUCGAUGCGAUCGAGGAGAGAUUUAGAGAGCUAGAAGAACAAGUCGCUGUCUUGGUAGCCGACGUACAUGACCUGGCGCUGUUUACAAAACUCAAUUUUACAGGGUUUAUCAAAAUCGUCAAGAAACAUGAUAAACUUACCGGGUACAAUCUAAAGAACACGUUUAAUCGCCAAGUUCUCGAAGCCCAUCCGUUUUAUCGUAUGAACUAUGACCCGCUCAUCGUCAAGUUGUCAAAAUUAUUCGACUUGGUGCGCACCCGUGGGCAUCCUAUUGAAGGUGACGCUUCGGCCGGUGGGAAUCAGAAUGCGUUCGUCAGGAGCACAACUAAAUACUGGGUUCACGACGAGAAUAUCGUCCCGCUCAAGCUGGCGAUCAUGAAACAUCUACCUGUUCUAGUAUUCAACCCAAACAAAGAGUUCUCUAUGGCAGACUCGGCCAUCACAUCCAUCUACUUUGACAAUGAAGAUCUUGAGCUUUAUCUAGGUCGACUGGAGAAGACUGAAGGUGCAGAGGCUAUCCGUAUGAGGUGGUACGGUGAUGUUACCGGCAAUACAAUAUUCGUAGAGCGCAAGACGCAUCGCGAAGAUUGGACGGGAGAAAAAUCUGUUAAAGAGCGCUUUACUAUCAAAGAAGGCAAAAUGAACGAUUUCAUAAGUGGGCGGUACACCAUGGACGACGAGUUUGACGAGUUGGUCAAAAGGAACAAGAAGACGGAGAAAGAAGUGGAAGGCAUGAAACAGCUGGCAAAUGAGGUCCAGUAUGCCAUCGUCACAAGAAAGCUAAGGCCUGUCAUGCGCACUUUUUACAACCGAACAGCUUUCCAGCUUCCUGGGAACGCCACCGUUCGAAUCUCCCUCGAUACCGAGCUCACGAUGGUUCGCGAAGACAACUUUGACGGAGUCGAUCGCACCCAUGGCAAUUGGCGCCGAACGGAUCUUGGAAUAAACCAUCCGUUUGACUCUAUCCCGAAUUCAGAAAAAGAGCUUUUCCCCUAUGGUGUUCUCGAAGUCAAGUUGGCUACCAAGGUUGGAGAAGAACCACCCCAGUGGAUCCGGGACCUGAUCAACUCGCACCUGGUAGAGGCAGUCCCUAAAUUCUCCAAAUUUAUCCACGGAUGUGCCAGUCUCCUUUCAGAACGGGUGGACCUCGUACCCUUCUGGCUUCCCCAGAUGGACCAGGAUAUCCGCAAGCCCGUCAGUGCCAAAUCCAAAAUACUCAUCGAACGACCUCAGUCCAACAUCCACUCCAACGCCAGUAUGGAGGGGUCUGCUCUCCCGUCGCCUGCCGCAAAAAGUAGCACCUCUCAAGCCAGCUACCACGAACCGGUCUCAGAAGGUGAAGACGACGAGGAAUAUCUCGUUCACAAGGCCAAAAACGAGGAAGACCAUCUGAGACUGCCUUCAGACGUUGCUGCCCAAGCGAGAGCAGCAAGAGAGCAUCGAGAGAAAUAUAUAAGGGACGAGGCUGCUCGGCAGGUCGGGAUCACCCAUGGCGAAGCCCAAGCCCAAGCCGAAGCCGAAGCCGAGUCAUCCGCCGCUGUAAGCUCCUCGCGUCCGGCCAGGCAAAGCCGCAAUCAGCAGCAGUAUGAUGCCUCACUCAGAAUUGAUCCUCUUGCUUCCAGCGAUCGCUUUGACAAGAAUAUGCAGCUGCUUGAUGACAAGAGUAUGAAAAAGCUUCAAGAGGCGGCGAAGGAUAGACGAGAAGAUCAGGUAGAGGAGGGGGAAGAGGAAGAGGAAGAAGAUGACGAGGAGGAAGGUGAUAGUGAAAGGGUCAUCUAUGUCGAUCAGUUCAGGGCCCCGCCAGGAAAGAAGAUUGCCAUUCCAGUCCGAGUUGAACCAAAGGUCGUGUUUGCUGCUGAGCGCACAUUCUUAAAGUGGGCUCAUUUUGCAAUCCUGCUCUCGGCAGUGUCUAUCGGUCUGCUCAAUUUUAUCGAUCCUACCGAUGCCGUCGGUAUGGUGUCUGCCGGCUGCUUCACGUUUACUUCACUUUCAGCCAUCCUCUACUGCGGGGGAAUGUACGCUUGGAGAAUCCUCAAGAUGCGAAAACGCGAAGCAGUUGAUUACCACGAUAGAUGGGGCCCCACAGCCCUUUGCGCUGCGUUGUUGGCCAGUGUAAUGGUCAAUUUGGUGCUAAGAUUACGAGAGCUCUAAAAAAAAACAGGCUCACGUUUUUGCUUUAGGUUCAAAGUACGAUUUCCGAGAACUUUAUCCAACUAUGUAAUUUUGAUUUUCCAACCAAAGGGGAAGCUAGAAGACUGUUAUGCAUGGAUUCAUUUUCAGAUUCAAGUUG